UAAAAAUUCAAAAAUUUUUGUAAAAUUUUCCGAAAAGUGAAAAGUUGAAAAGUUUUCCAUUUCUUUGCAAGUUUCAUAAUUUUAAAUCAAAAGUUUGUUCUCAUUCAAAGUAAUUUGAUACUGUACACGAAGAGGAACAACAUAAACCAAUAACCGUAACUCAUCGAUCAUUACAACACUUUUUUUUUAAAGAAAAUCAUGGACGUUGAAAACAUCCAAUCGUUGGAUCUGCUCGAACAGCGACUCACUCGCUUAGAACAGAAGAUGCUGGGUAAAGGUAGCAUAAACGAUGUCGAUAUAACCAAAGUGAAACCUGUAACGAAUGUCCUGCACGAAGUUGAUACAGUUUUGAUAUCUAGUAUCUCCGGCAGGGAAAAAAUUAACACGUUAUUGAAAAAGGUCGACGUAUUACACCAGUUAUUAGAUCCAUCGUAUCUAGAUUCCUUCAAUAACGUAGAUGCUAAAAUAGAAGCGGUUCUGGAAUCGGAGAAAGACAUCUACAACUACGUAAACCAACUAGAUCGUCUGGAAGCUGCUUAUUCGAUUUUAAACGAUGAAACCAUCGAACAACUACCUAAUUUAUCCGAUAGAAUUAAUAAUUUGAUUUCUAAUGUAUUGAAAAACAAAGAACAAUGUGAUAAGCAAACUGCAGAACUAAUUGAAAUUUCAAAUAGCUAUAAGAACUGCGUGAUCCAGAUUUCUGCGUUGCUGGUGCAAAUGGAUUCAUUCAUUACUCAGUUGGAAAUCAAUUCUCAGCCAAAGACUCCUACAGAUUAAAGCUUCCUUAUAAUGCAAAUGUAUUUGUGUACGAUUCGUAUAGGUAAUUAGUGGAUUUGUUGGUUUGUUUUAUAAAGAAUUUUUCAGUGCAUUUUUAUUUUGUAAAACACAUUUCGAUGUUGUCAAUGCGGGUAUUAAGUUGGAGUUUUGAGUUAUCAAUUUUGUUAACUAAUGAUUAAUAAUCGUAAUAAUAUUUUUAAUUUUUACUCCAUUUCAAUAAAAUAUUUUCAAUUUUUCAA